AUGUCAUCCCCUCACGUGCUUAUCAUUGGUGCUGGCAUGAGCGGUCUCACACUCGCACAACAAUUAAAGAAAAACGGCAUUUCCUUCUCGGUUUUUGAGCGAGAUCCGAGCAACGACUCUCGCGGCCAAGGUUGGGCACUCUCUUUGUUCGGAGAAGCUUAUGACUUGAUGAAAACUAGGAUGCCGUCGGAAUUGGGCCCUGUGGAGCAGACGAGCGUUCUGCUUCCCCUGGAUCUCCCACCACAGUUUUGUUUCUAUGACAUUAACCGCCCUGACUUCCGGGCCGGAGUCGUCGUCGAUGACACUCUGAAGGCCGUCCGAGCGAACCGCCGAAGGCUGCGCGACUGGCUGAUGCAGAAUAUUAACGUAGAGUUCAACAAGUGUCUGCUCCGCGUGGAGGAGCACGGUGACAAAGUCACGGCAUAUUUUGAGGACGGUACUUCGGCGACAGGCGACUUCCUGGUCGGCGCCGAAGGUACACGCAGUGUGGUGCGUAGGCAUCUCCUCCAAGGCCAGGACGUGAUGAAACCAUUACCGGCCGGCUCAAUUUUCGGCGAGAUAUCGCUCAGUGGCGAUGACUUUUUACAGCAGCUCACGCUCUCUCAUUCAAACUACAUAGUCAUGGACUCUAGGCUCCCUCCUGACCAGCAGGCCGUCAUUUUCGGUGCUCUCAACCGAGUGAGCCCCGAUGGUAAGACUGGAUACUACUACUAUAUCCUCCUUUGGGUGGACCUUCAGGCUCCUAAGGGGCACGACGAGAAGCGUUGGUUUGAGUCGGCGUCAAAGGAACAGUUGGCGGCCUUUGCACGCGAGAAAAUCAGUCAUUUCCCGAAGAAUCUCCGCUCCCUCGUGGAUAAGAUCCCUACAGAGGGAUACAACGCCCCCGGCUUCCAGCUUCAGGGUGUAGAGUUAGAGCUUGAACAGCUGCCAGCUGGAAGAGUGUUGGUGAUUGGCGAUGCGGCGCACUCGAUGGCUCCAUUCCGUGCUCUAGCCGCAAACACGGCCUUCGUCGACGCGUUCAAGCUCGCUGAAGUCCUCACGAGCGCCCGGAACAUGCAGGCGUCAGGCGAAACGCUGAGGGGUCUCGUGUCAGCGUUCAACGGAGACAUGAUUGUACGGGGCAAGUCGGCGAUCAAGGCGUCCAACGCGGUACUCGAGGCCUACGGCGAAGAAACUAAGUUUGUUACAUUCGGCAGGGAGGCGAUACCGGUACCGCUGAAGACUGUGGUAUCAUCAGAUCUGAGUGUUGUAGCGUAA